GCCGCCUUCCUCUGCGAAGGCGUUGAGGAAUCCACCCAGGCCGGGUUUUGGAACUAUAGGACACAAAAUCAUUGUCAAGGCCAACCACUUUUUGGUGACAGUGGCUGACUUAGAUCUGAAUCACUACGAUGUGUCAAUUUCGCCGGAGGUAUCCUCGAAGAAAGUAUGCAGGGAAAUUAUGAACCAGCUUGUUAAUUCUUUCCAUGCAUCACAUCUGGGAAAGCGAAGGUUAGCUUAUGAUGGACGAAAAAGUUGCUACACUGCAGGACAAUUGCCGUUCUCAUCCAAGGACUUUGUUGUCAAGCUUGUUGAUCAAGACAGUCAAGCCAGGAGGGAGCGUGAAUUCAAGGUCUCUAUUAAAUUUGCUGCCAAAGCCGACCUUCAUCACCUGAAACAAUUCUUACAAAGCAGACAACUUGAUUUUCCCCAAGAAACUUUACAAUGUCUAGAUGUGGUUCUCCGGGUGAAACCCAGCAACAGUUACGAAGUUGUUGGACGGUCCUUCUUUUCUCCAGAUUUGGGUAAGAUGGGGGAGCUUGGUAAUGGUCUGGAAUACUGGAAAGGAUUUUACCAGAGUCUUCGUCCGACGCAGAUGGGGCUCUCACUAAACAUAGAUAUGUCAGCUAGAGCAUUUUUUGAACCUAUUUUGGUUUCUGAAUACGUGUUCAAGUACUUCAACAGGGAUUUGACAAGGCCAUUGUCUGAUCAGGAUCGACUUAAGGUGAAGAGGGCACUUAGAGGAGUUAGAGUUGAGACCCGCCAUCUGGGCCAUAUCAAACGCCACAAGAUCACUGGCUUGUCUACUGAACCAGCAGAAAAAUUGAUGUUUCCGUUGGACGAGUCUGGAGCAAGGAUAUCUGUUUCUAAGUACUUCAGCCAAAAGUAUAAUAUUGUGCUGAAUUAUCCGCAUUUGCCUGCUAUUCAGGCUGGUAGCAGUGUAAAACCUGUUUAUAUUCCAAUGGAGGUGUGCAGAAUCGUUGAGGGCCAACGGUACUCCAAAAAGUUAAAUGAGAGACAAGUUACUGCACUGCUGAAAGCCACCUGUCAGCGCCCACAUGACAGAGAGAGGAGCAUUGUAGAGAUGGUCAAACACAACAAUUACAACAAUGAUAUACUUGUGAAGGAGUUUGGACUGCAAGUUAGACCUGAACUUACUCCAAUAGAGGCACGGGUUUUGCCUCCUCCCAUGCUGAAGUAUCAUGAGACUGGCCGGCAGACAGUAAUUGAGCCUAGAGUAGGACAAUGGAACAUGAUUGACAAGAAAAUGGUCAAUGGUGGCAGGGUUGAUUUCUGGACGUGUAUCAGCUUUUCGAGAUCAAAUCUAGAUGUUAACCGAUUCUGCAGUGAAUUGAUUGGCAUGUGCUGUAGUAAAGGGAUGGAAUUUAAUCCAAGACCUUUAGUUCCUAUUCGUUCUGCCCAUCCUGGCCAGAUUGAGAAGAGCCUGUCUGAUAUUCAUGCAGAAUCUUCCUCAAAACUUGUGAGCAUGAAGCUGACAGGGAAACAACUUCAGUUGCUCAUUAUCAUUCUGCCUGAUGCCAGUGGAUCAUAUGGGAAUAUCAAGCGAGUAUGUGAAACAGAACUGGGGAUUGUAUCGCAAUGUUGUCAGCCAAAGCAGGCCCUGAAAUACAAUAAACAGUACAUGGAAAACGUAGCUCUCAAGAUCAAUGUGAAGGUUGGAGGGCGUAAUACCGUCCUGGAGCAGGCACUACAUGGAAAAGUGCCUUACCUCAGUGAUCGCCCUACCAUCAUCUUUGGUGCGGAUGUCACACAUCCUAAUCCAGGAGAGGAUUCAAGCCCUUCUAUAGCUGCGGUUGUGGCUUCAAUGGAUUGGCCUGAAGUAACAAAAUACAGGGGGCUGGUUUCUGCACAGGCCCACCGGGAGGAGAUGAUCCAGGAUCUCUAUACCUUGAGAAAAGAUCCUCAACGGGGUAUAGUUCAUGGAGGAAUGAUUAGGGAACUUUUGAUUGCCUUCUACAAGUCCACUGGGCAGAAGCCUCACCGCAUUAUAUUCUACAGGGAUGGUGUCAGUGAAGGACAAUUUAGCCAGGUUCUUCUGCAUGAAAUGGAUGCCAUCAGAAAGGCCUGUGUUUCCAUAGAAGAAAAUUAUCUGCCAAAAGUUACCUUUGUGGUGGUGCAAAAGAGACAUCAUACUCGUCUUUUUCCCGCUGAUCAUGGAGACAAGCGAACAACAGACAGGAGUGGCAACAUUUUGCCUGGUACUGUCGUCGAUACCAGAAUAUGCCAUCCCCAUGAGUUUGAUUUUUACCUUUGUAGCCAUGCAGGGAUUCAGGGAACUAGCCGCCCAACCCAUUACCAUGUUUUAUUUGAUGAGAAUAGGUUCACUGCAGAUGGCCUCCAAAUGCUAACCAACAACUUGUGUUAUACGUAUGCUAGGUGUACUCGCUCAGUCUCCAUAGUUCCACCUGCUUACUACGCUCAUCUAGCUGCAUUUCGUGCUCGAUACUACAUUGAAGGUUCUGAUUUGUCUGACAGUGGGUCAACAGCUGCGGGGUCUGGCGGGGCUACUAGGGAUAAGACUAGAGAGGUCCGCCCUUUGCCUGUGAUCAAGGAUAACGUGAAAGAUGUGAUGUUCUAUUGCUAAUCUGGUUGACUUAUGUCAUCCAGCCUUUUGACUUAAGAGGAACUCUUAAUUUGUUAAUAGUCCUUUUUUGCUUGCAUUUGAGAUAGGCUUUUCUCUGGUUAGAAAGCUUUCAUGAUGUGGAUGGAACUGUUGGUUCUAACUCUCUGUCACUAAAAUACAUGACUCUUUUAACUGUUGGUUUUAACUACUGGUGCU